AUGACACUGUCUAAGAGGGAGCUGGAUGAACUGAAACCAUGGAUAGAGACCAUAGUGAAGAGAGUAUUGGGUUUCUCAGAGCCCACAGUGGUAACAGCAGCACUGAACUGUGUGGGGAAGGGCAUGGACAAGAAAAAGGCAGUCGACCAUCUGAAACCUUUUCUUGAUGAUUCUACUCUCCAAUUUGUGGACAAACUAUUUGAGGCUGUGGAGGAAGGCCAAAGCUCUAGGUAUUCCAAGUCCAGCAGUGAUAGGAGCAGAAAACAAGAGCUAAAGGAGUGUUUGAUCAAACAGAUGAUGGAAGCAGCGACACAACAAAUUGAGGAGAGAAAAAAACAACUGAGCUUCGUUAGUCCCCAUACACCGCAGCCGAAGACUCCUUCUUCCUCCCAACCAGAGCGACUUCCAAUUGGCAACACUAUUCAGCCCUCCCAGGCUGCCACUUUCAUGAAUAAUGUCAUUGAGAAGGCAAGGAAAGCAGCUGAACUACAAGCUCGAAUCCAAGCCCAGCUGGCACUGAAGCCAGAACUCACUGGCAACGCCAACAUGGUGGGCCUGGCUAAUCUCCAUGCUAUGGGCAUUGCUCCCCUGAAGGUGGAUUUAAAAGACCAAACUAAACCUACACCACUGAUCCUAGAUGAGCAGAGUUGCACUGUAGAUGCAACAGGCAAGGAGAUUGAGCUGACACAUCGCAUGCCUACUCUUAAAGCCAAUAUUCAUGCUGUGAAAAGGGCACAAUUCAAGCAACAGCUAAAAGAAAAGCCAUCAGAAGAUAUGGAGUCCAAUAUGUUUUUUGACCUCCGAGUUUCAAUUGCCCCUUCCCACCGCCAGAGAUGAACUUUUAAAUUCCAUGACAAAGGCAAAUUUGAGAAGAUUGCUCAGUGAUUACGGACCAAGGCUCAACUGGAGAAGCUGCAGGCAGAGAUCUCACAAGCAGCUCAAAAAAUGGGCAUCCAUACUUCCACUAUGCUUGCCCUCAUUACUCCUAAAAAGGAAUUAAAGGAAGGCGAUAUCCUUGAAGUUGAGUGGUGGGACUCUUACGUCAUCCCCAAUGGCUUUGACCUUACAGAGGAAAAUCCCAAGAGAGAAGAUUAUUUUGGAAUCACAAAUCUUGUCGAACAUCCAGCUCAGCUUAAUCCUCCAGUUAACAAUGACACACCAGUUACUCUGGGGGUAUAUCUUACCAAGAAGGAACAGAAGAAACUUCGAAAGCAGACAAGGAGAGAAGAGCAGAAAGAACUACAAGAGAAAGUCAGGCUGGGCUUGAUGCCUCCUCCAGAACCCAAAGUGAGAAUUUCUAAUCUGAUGUGAGUAUUAGGCACAGAAGCUGUUCAAGACCCCAUGAAGGUAGAAGCCCAUGUCAAAGCUCAAAUGGCAAAAAGACAGAAAGCACAUGAAGAGGCCAACACUGCCCGAAAACUUACAGCAGAACAGAGAAAGGUCAAGAAAAUUAAAAAGCUUAAAGAAGACAUUUCACAGGGGGUACACAUAUCUGUAUAUAGAGUUUGAAAUUUGAGCAACCCAGCCAAGAAGUUCAAGAUUGAGGCCAAUGCUGGGCAACUGUACCUGACAGGGGUGGUGUUCCUGCACAAGGACGUCAACGUGGUAGUAGUAGAAAGGGGCCCCAAUGCCCAGAAUAAAUUUAAGCGUCUUAUGCUGCAUCGGAUAAAGUGGGAUGAACAGACAUCUAACACGAAGGGAGAUGAUGAUGAGGACUCUGAUGAGAAAGCUGUGAAGAAAACCAACAAAUGUGUACUAGUCUGGGAGGGUACAGCCAAAGACCGGAGCUUUGGAGAGGUGAAGUUCAAACAGUGCCCUACAAAGAAUGUGGCUCGUGAGCAUUUCAAAAAGCAUGGGGCUGAACACUACUGGGACCUUGUACUGAGGGAAUCUGUGUUAGAGUCCACUGCCUGA